UCCGCUGGAGCGCGUACGCUUUUGCUGCACCUCAGAGACGAAGGGUUUUCAGUAGCCGUUUACCGGGCCGUUUCUGUUUAUUACUGACACCGUGGACAUACUAAAGAAUAGACGUUUAUAUGGACUGACGGACGCUUUGGCGCAUUUAAUGUGAGAUUGGAUGCUAGUGGAUGGCAUGCAGCAUCUUCAGGAGAAUACAGCGCACUGUGGCCAAUUCAUGAAUUUCAGCUAAAAGAAUGACUGGAGUAUGACGUCUCAAAGGAAAAUGCAGAUCAGCCAUGCCUCCUUUGCUGAUCUCCAUCAAGGGCACUCAUUUUAUACUGUUUUCUGGGACUCUCCCUCAUCUCUUGGGUAGUUUCAAUUUCAACAAAUAUUAUAUAACACGGAAAAACGUAUCAUUUCAGGACGAUAAUAUUUUGUAACAAGAAAGAUGAAAUUUCCUUUUAUUCAAAGUCCCAGUUAAAACAAAUCACAUACAUCAAGAGCUCCAACAAGGGGUAAAACUCAAACUGUGUACAGCACAGAUGAGGUUGCAUUAUGGCAGCUGAAUCUCCUAAACAGCUGCAUUCACAUAUUUCGUUCGGAGGAGAGUGAUAGUUGUACAAUGCAGCGAAACGGAGGCAUCGUUGGGAACGGUGGCCAGCCAUGGGUACUGAGGCGAGUACGGCUCACCUGGCUCAGUUUCAUGCUCUUCUUCAUCCUGGUCUUCUUCCCUCUCAUUGCACAUUACUACCUCACCACAAUAGAUGAAGCAGGAGGACCAGAUAAGCGAAUCUUUGGCCCAAGACCUGGAGGAGAGUUGUGUGAAGCGAAGCAUGUGCAAGACCUUUGUCGUAUACGGGAAUCUGUCAGUGAAGAGCUACUUCAGCUUGAGGCAAAGCGUCAAGAGCUCAAUGGCGAGAUAGCCCGACUUAACCUACGCAUCGAGGCCUGCAAACGUAGUAUCGACAGUGCCAAACAGGAUUUGCUACAACUCAAAAAUGUCAUCAGCCAGACGGAGCACUCUUACAAGGAACUUAUGGCACAAAACCAGCCAAAAUUGUCAUUGCCAGUAAGACUUUUACCAGACAAGGAUGAUCCUGGUUACCCUCCUCCAAAGUCAUCCCAAAGCUGUCGAUUGCAUUCUUGUUUUGAUUACGCUAGAUGUCCUCUUACAUCUGGCUUCCCUGUCUAUGUUUAUGACACAGGAUCAUACCCUUGGGGUGAAAAGUUGGACCCUCUUGUCAAACAAGCUUUUGCGUCAUCUGUCAAAAGCAGUGUAUAUGUGACCGAUAAUCCAAACAUUGCUUGUCUGUACAUAGUUCUUGUUGGGGAAAUACAAGAAUCACCCUCCUCCCUGCCUGCUUUACCUUCAGACCUUGAAAAACAACUUAAGGCUUUGCCGUAUUGGAGGUCGGAUGGUCACAACCACCUGCUUGUACACCUUUCCAUAAAUUCUCUGACACAGAACUUCCUCUACAAUGUGAGCACAGGACGAGCAGCAGUGGCACAGUCUACCUUUUUUGAACGACAGUAUAGAGAAGGUUUUGACUUGGUGGUGUCUCCUCUAGUCCAUGCUCUGUCUGAGCCUAACUUCUUGGAGGUGCCUCCGCAAGUCCCAGUUAAGAGGAAGUACCUCUUUACCUUUCAGGGAGAAAAAGUUGAGUCUUUAAGAAGCAGUUUGCUUGAAGCCCCUCCACAAUCCUUUGAAGAGGAAAUGGAAAGUGAUCCACCAGCAGACUAUGACGAUCGAAUCAUUGGCACACUUAAAGCUGUACAGGACAGUCACCUAGACCAGGUUCUUUUGGAGUUUACUUGCAAGAAUCAAGCCAAGCCAAGUUUACCAACAGAGUGGGCAUUGUGUGGCAAGCGUGAAGAUCGUUUAGAGGUACUCAAAGUCUCUACAUUUGCCUUGGUAAUAUCUCCAGGUGAUGGCCAGCUGGUGGCAUCUGCUGGCUGUAGCAUGAGACUUUUUGAGGCUUUGGAAGUUGGGGCAAUACCUGUGGUACUUGGUGACCACUCAAAAUUGCCCUACCAUCAUCUCAUACGCUGGAGUGAGGCAGUCAUAAUGGUGCCAAAACCUCGCAUUACGGAACUGCACUUUCUCUUGCGUAGCAUCUCAGACAAUGAUCUUCUUGCUAUGCGACGACAAGGACGGUUUCUUUGGGAGACCUAUUUCUCCACCUCUGAAAGCAUCUUCAAUACCAUUCUGGCUAGUGUGCGCACCAACAUCCAGAUCCCAGCAGCACCCAUACGUGAGGAACCUGCUCAGGAGAUUCCUCACAAAGCUGGAAAGUUGGCAGGGACCGAUGCUAACCUGGCAGACAAUGGUGACUUAGAUCUUGGGCCUGUUGAAGUAGAGCCUCCUUACGCUUCACCACGUUUCUUGCGCAACUUCACCUACACAGCUGCUGAUGUCUACCGCACCUGGAAUCGUGCACCCGGCCCUUUCCACUUAUUCCCACAUACUCCCCUGGACCCUGUACUUCCCUCAGAGGCCAAGUUUUUGGGGUCAGGAACUGGUUUCCGCCCAAUCGGUGGAGGUUCUGGUGGAUCUGGUAAAGAGUUCCAGGCCGCUCUUGGUGGUAACGUCCCACGGGAGCAGUUCACUGUGGUCAUGCUUACUUAUGAACGAGAGGAGGUUCUUAUGAACUCACUGGAGAGACUAAAUGGCCUUCCUUAUCUCAACAAAGUGGUAGUGGUGUGGAAUUCCCCCAAACCACCAUCUGAUGAUCUCAUUUGGCCAGAUAUUGGUCUGCCUAUUGUGGUGGUACGCACCGGGAAGAACAGCUUAAACAAUCGCUUCCUUCCUUGGGAUGCAAUCGAGACUGAGGCGAUUUUGUCUAUAGAUGAUGAUGCCCAUCUUCGCCAUGAUGAAAUCAUGUUUGGCUUCAGGGUGUGGAGGGAGGCCAGAGACCGGAUCGUGGGCUUCCCGGGAAGGUUUCACGCCUGGGAUUUAAAUCACCAAUCUUGGCUCUACAACUCCAACUACUCCUGCGAGCUCUCCAUGGUGCUGACGGGUGCGGCCUUCUUCCACAAGUAUUACGCGUAUCUCUAUUCCUACGUCAUGCCUCGAGCCAUACGAGAUAUGGUGGACGAGUACAUCAACUGUGAGGAUAUCGCCAUGAACUUCCUGGUGUCGCAUAUCACUCGCAAACCCCCAAUCAAGGUGACGUCCCGUUGGACCUUCCGAUGUCCUGGCUGCCCGCAGGCUCUGUCGCACGAUGAUUCGCAUUUCCACGAGCGUCACAAGUGCAUCAACUUCUUCGUAAAAGUCUACGGAUACAUGCCGCUGUUAUACACUCAGUUCAGAGUGGACUCGGUACUCUUCAAGACUCGGCUGCCCCACGACAAGACCAAAUGUUUUAAAUUCAUUUAGCGGGAGCGUGGGGGACAUCCGGCGGACAUGGGACGAUCUCUCUCACUCUCUGGGAGCGCUAAGGGAAUUAAAGCUUUCUUGUAAAUAGCGGAGAAUUUUACUUUGAACUCGUCUUCCUUGAAGCCAAGGGAGAACUAUUAUGAAACGAACGAUUACCAUCAGGCGUUUUUGAACAUGCGUUAUUCAUUAGCAACCACUACGGGCUUGAUUUGCACCACUUCAUGGGCCGCCUGAGACAGGGACGCUUUAAUGGACAUCCGACCGAUGUUAUACUGACAGAACAUGCAUAAUUCUGAACUAACGGAGGCUGUUUUUAAAGGACGUAUCUGAGAAUAAUGGAGAAAACUUAGUGUCAUCACUCUAAAUGCUUUUAUUUUUUACUUUCUGUGCAUAUAUUCUCUGGUUUGAAACGCACUGAUGGUCGGGUUUUUUACUUGUGUGUGGGUGUGUGUACUGGUUUUGGUGGUUUAUGAGGACAUUGAUUUUUUUAAUGACCUAGGAAUUAAAAUAUUGAGGUGGUUUAUAAGGACAUGCAUUGUGUCCUUGUAAUUCAAAAUUGUUAGAAGUUAUAUUCAAUGGGUAUUUUGGAUGAAAAAUUGGCCACAGGUUUCCUGUAAGGGUUGGGUUUAGGUUAGGGCUAGGGUAAGGCCAAAAAAUAAGGUGGUUUUUUUUGUUUUUUUUUUACAAUGAGAUAGGAAUUGAAAUGUUGAGAUGGUUUAUAAGGACAUGCCUUGUGUCUUUGUAAUUAAAAAUUGUUAAAAGUCAUAUUUAACCAGUAUUUUUGGAUUCAAAAUUGGCCACGGGUAAGGCCAUAUAAUAAAUGUUUUAUUUUUUACAAUAACCUCAGAAAUAAAAUGUUGAGGUUGUUUAUAAGGACAUGCAUUGUGUCCUUGUAAUUCAGAAUUGUUAAAAGUCAUAUUUAAUGUGAUCUUUUUGGAUUCUGAAUUAGUCACAAGUUUCCUGUGGAGUUGGGUUUAGGUUAGGGCUAGGGUAAGGCCAUAUAAUAAGUGUCUUUUUACAAUGACCUAGGAAUUAAUAUGUUGAGGUGGUUUAUAAGGACAUGCCUUGUGUCCUUGUAACUCAAAACUAUUAAAAAUGUAUAUUUACGGGGUCUUUUGGAUUCAUAAAUGACCACGUUUCAUGUGAUGUUUAGGUUAGGGCUGGGGUAGGGCCAUAUAAUAAGCUUUUUUUUUUUUUUUUUUUUCUUUUUGCAGUAUACGAAGUUUUACGCCUACAAAGAGUCCUCGUAAACCACCAAAACCAACAUGUGUGUGUUGUUCUGUAGGUUGAUGGAGACUUAAUGUCGCUAACCAUCACAUGUUUGUUAAUCAUCAGUAUGAAUAGCACAAUUAUCAAACAUAACAGCAUAGGAAUAGCACCAAAAUCCAACUGUUACACGUUCUCAAAAUGUCAGUCAAAAUGUCUGUAAGCUAUUUAGUACAUUUAUGGGAUAACCGAUUCAUCGCAAUGCCUUUUGCUGGGUAAAUCACGCCUGUUGUGUGUCGUUUUAAUAAGGUCAAAUUAUUUCAUAGCUCAAAAUGAUAAAGAAAUGUCCAGGUCAUUUUCAAUGAUAUAGUGUAAGAUAAAAUGUGUUAUUUGUGACAAUAUUUUCAUAAGUUUUAGCAUAAAUAACAUCUAAAUUCUUACAUAAUUUGGUAAAAUAAUUUUUUUAAUCAGUUUCAGUGUUUAUUUUAUGGAUUCUAGUGCAUUUAAAAACCCAAAUUCUCAUAAUAAUACAAAUACAUUUAAUGCAUGAUAAUACAUAAUGCAAAAAGUGCAAUUUGUCAUAAUUUUAAUGACCGUUAUACACAUUUCUGCCUUUUAUCAUUUGCUAUAAUUCCCAAAUUUAAUUGUAAUGCUCAUUAUUUUUUAUUUUAUAACAUAAUAAUUUAGUACAACAGAUAUUGGUCACAUAUAUGAAUACUUACAUUUUAAAUAUAGUGUUUCUUUUUACUUUUAAGUGCUUCGAUGUCAUGAAAAUAAUGUCACAAGUUCAAAUCUUAAUGCACAAUAUUAUUUAUUUCACAUUUCCAUUUGAUUCAGUGAUGAAAUGUGACCUGGAGAUGUUCUUCAUGUGUUUGCGUGUCUGCCUUGAGAUUUACAAGAAGAAUCCAGGUCUGAAAUGUGCACAAAAACAAACGAGUGUGGUUUUGAGGUGGAGAAGUGACAAUGCUAACAGGACGUGCAUUAGUUGCCCUUUUUCCUCUAUAAACGGUACGUGUUUCUUUACAGUGUUGGGAUUUUUCCUAAUUUCAGCAUUCAGCUCCACACUUUCUGUCUUCUGGUUAACCCACGAUGGCUCUCCCGACAUCCUUGACAGGUACAUUUAGGAAAAUGCCUGCGCUAUUGUAAUUUAAUGAGUUUUAUUUUUUAUAAAACAGACAUAAAUGUGGCUUCGUUUCUCUUGGAAGAGGACUUGUCAGAUAUGAUUUCUUUUGUUACUUGGUCAUAUUUUGUAUUGUGUGUAAAUCUAUUGAGCAGGCUUUAAUGUAUUUGUUUUUUUAAGUCGUUAUGAAGACUGUACGGCCUUUGGGUUUGGACUGUAACUGACAAUAUGACAGUAUCGGUAGUAAAGAGUCGAAUGCCAGCAAACAUAACUGACAAACUUCUUCAAACCACACUAAUAAACCAGCCAGUGUCCUCAUCUCUUUCA